AAGUUGUUUCUGUAGAAGUCUUUACGAAGAUCCUAGCUCAGAAUCAGUUGCUCAUUCAGGGGAUGUUGUAGGUCAGCAGUUACGGUAAACAUAACCAAGAGUACUUUCCUCCUUACCAAAGAGAGAGAUGCUAGGUUAAUGCUACAGUUAAGUAGAAAAAAGGUUGGUUGUUUAUAAUCUCCACUAAAAUUUGCAGCAAAUCCUCUGCUGUUACCCCUUCUGGAAUCUAGGGUCUGAGAGAUGCUUGGUAGAGAGGAGGAAAGUUGCACCUGAGUUUAGGCUAGACCUGUCUCAUAGCCACCUCCUUAUGCUGAACGGGUUUCUGCAUGCUCUGAGUGGAGGUUUCUUAGUGUUAGGCUGGAUGUAAAGAAAUAAUAAUAAAAAACUUCAACAGUGCUGCUACUAGAAGGGAAGAAAGGUGAGAAAAAGAGUGUAGCUGUCUGUAUGUUUGUGUUGAAUGUUGAUAAUGUUGUUUUAAUUGGGUUGGUUUUGUUUGAUUGAAAUCACUUCUGAAUCCAAAGAUGACCAAAAAUUGCUCAGACAUCCAGGCCAGGUGUUUCUUCUUCUAAAAAUCUCUGAGUAAAACAGCUGAGCUCAACUAGAGGGGGUUAAAUUGUAAAGAUUUCAUAUAUAAUGAAUCAAUUUCCAAGGUGAAUUAUGUUAUGUUAUAGUCUACUGAACUUUGUACUUAUGGCUUUCACUGUAAUGUAAUGAUAUGGUAGCUUAUUUCCAGAUAAAAGGUAAGCAGCAGUGUGUCUGCUGACCACAUUUGUUGUUCUAUGCUGUGUGUGUUACGACAGAUGUGGUUGAAAAUUGUAUUUGGCUCCUAUUUAUUUUCCAUGGUUUCUUAACGGUGCAUGAGUAAGCCACUAGAUGGAGGUGUUACUCUGGUUGUGCAGCUGUCUACUGCUAAGCUGUAUUUCUUUAAAGGCUGUAAAGAUGUAACAUUGUACUUAUACCUGAAAAACAACUGAAUUUUUUCAUUUUUCCUUCCCCUGCUUACAUACAUUUCUAAAUAAAACUAUUAUUGUUCAGCCCAAAAGAGACAUUUGUGACUUAAAAUCUAGGUAGUUGAUGUAAAGACAGAUAAGGGAAGGAUUGAAAGGGCACGGUGAUUUGAUUUGUUUGAUUUUGUUUUUUUUCAGGCUAUCGUGCUAACACUUUUUCACUGAAAUAGUAUACAGUAGUGAAUAGUUCUGGAGAGAGGUGACUUUCCUUCAAGGUUUAUUAUCCUCAUUGCUUCAGAGAAGACUGAGACUUUGUAGACCUCUUUACUUUACAAAAUAUUGUUUCCUCUUUAAUCUGCAUGCACACACAAAUACACGUAUAUUGACAAGUUCUGUUGGAAUCUAAGGGCUGUAAUGUGUCUUGAUGACCUGGUCUUGCUAAUGGAAGAAAUUCCACAUAGGAACCUGCAAGCGCAGCAAUGCUGGCUGUUGCUGUCCUCACUGCCUUGAGGGUAGAGGGUCUGGGAUUCUUACUGCUGCUCUUGUCAGUGUUGGUGGAGCAGACAGGUGACUUGAGGAAUUGGUGUUGUAUGUUCACACAGAUGUGAUAAGUAAGCUUUGUAGGAAAAAAAAAAACAACAAACAAACAAACAAACAAAAAAAAAAACAAAAAAAAACAACAACAACCAAAAAAAAACCCCCAAAACAAAACCUAAGGCAUUGUAAUAGCUUUGACUCUGGUAUGACCCUCCUACUAUGUUAUCUUAUAAAGGGAACUUGAUAAAUUUGUAAAGACACAACGGUAUUUCGUAUUUGUGAAUAGUUUUGUAACUCUUUAGCACAACACAUGCUCCCUGCCUUUUCCUUACUAUGUGAGCAUGAGUUUUCCCAAUAUCCUUACUGGAGUGUGAAAAAAGGAGCAUCUCAUCUCCUUAACAAUCGGCUUUGGUCAUCAAGAAGAUAAAGCAUAAUAAUUUAAAGACUGGUUAGGAGUCCAAGUCCCACCUCAGAAAGAAAUCUGCUCUUGAGGCCUCUUACCUUGAGAACAUGGAAAUUAAAAUGUUUACUUCUGCAUGGGGUGGCUUCGCAUGUCCAGCUUGCCUCCUAAUGUAGUAAGUCUAAUCAUUGCCAGACGUGCUGGCUCCAAAGGAGAACCUGCAUUUAAAGUUGCCUGAUGAGGAGAAUGUAGUUUUCCUGCCUCAUGUUCAGGUGCAUGAUAUAAAUGUGUAUAGUGGUGGUCUGGGUGUGUGCCUGCACGGUGUCUUCACCCCGCUUGUGCUAGAAGCAGAGGCUCGCCUGAUCACGCUGAGUCUGUGCAUCUGCCUGCUUUUUUCUCUGUUCUAUUUUCACAACGCCUUUGGAUCUGCUGACCUGUUCUGUCAGGAUGUCUGGAAGAUAUUUCAAGGGAAUGGGCAGUCACACGCGCCCCCACUGAGAGGAGGUUAAUACCUGUGAGACGUUAGAAAAUCUGUCAGGGGAGAAUUCCAUUUUGAAUACAACAGCAACAAAAUGCUUGGAGCAGAGCUUUCAAUUUAUUAGAUUCUAGUUAGUUAUGUCACCAGAUAACCUAGCUGAAAUCUAGCUCUAUUGAUAGCUGUGCUUAUGAAAAGACUUGUUUCUUAAAAAACAUAUUGGUGGAAAAAACACUGAUGUAAUAAAACUAAUCUAUUCAAUGCAGGGGUUAUCUUAACUCCAAUGCUGACCAGUGGAGCACAUUUUUCCCUUACUUCUUGUUUGUGCUUGGACUGUUACAUAUUUAAAAACCUAGAGUGUAUAUGUUGUGUUAGUGGGGGGAAAGGGAAAGUGCUUGUAGUAAAUCUAGCUAGGAAUCUGUAGUACAGGUACCUAUUUUGAGUUUGGUGGAAGCGAGUUAAAGAGAAACUAAAUGUUCUUACAUGCGUUCAGAUCUCUAGAAUGGUAAUAUUUUUGGUUUCUUAUACGUAUGUUUUAAAUGACAGAUUCUAAGGGACUGUGUGACACUUGUAUUCCUAAAUAAAGCACAUACCCACUGCUGGCAGCUUUGCAAUCUGUAGCAUUUCGAUACUGAUAUUUUUGGAGGUUGCUAGCUGCAGUCCGUAACUAUACCUCAGCCAUUUAGCUACUGAAGCCAUCCUUUCCACCCGUAGGUUCAGAUGAUUCCCUGGAAGGUCUGAGAUUUAUCAGAUUUUUCUAAUGGCAGGCCUCAUAAGUCAGAUUGAAAGAUCUCAAAUAGCAUAUGAGUCAAAGCAUCAACAGCUUUAAAAUGUCACAAGUGGGACAGCUGGUCUUGCUAAGGGAAGGGGUGCUAACUCUGGGACAAGUGGUGUUUUAAAAUGAGCAGAAAGGGUCAGAUUUAAUAAAAAAUAAAGAAGAAAAACCACUUAGGGGCAUUAUGAAAUAAGCUGUGAUGGUUUUGCUGUUUUCGAACAUGAAAGUAUUCAAAUUUUGUUAACUUAUGAAUUGCAUUUACAGAUUUUAUGCAACUGAAAAUCUGGUAGAUGUGCUUAUUUGUCUUAUGUGUUGCAUGAAGGAGCAAAAAUUAAGCAGAGCAUCUAAUAAAUAUUGUUAAUGAUUAACUGCAUUUAUUCUCAAUCUGACUGUUGAAUGCAUGCACUUGGAGAAUCAAAGUGUAGUCCUGCUUUUGGCGUGUGUCUGCUCGUGCUACUUCAUAUGUUGCAGCUUUAUUCGGAAGCCAGUGUGGCUCUCUUGCAACUGAAUAACCCUAAGGGUUUCCAAGACCUGAGCAAGCAAGCAAAGAAGAACAUGACUAUAGAUGGAAAAGAACUGAUGCUUAAUCCUGCUUAUUUACUAUGGGACCUCAGCUCUGUCAGUCAGUCUAAACAGGAUGAAGAUAUUUCUGCCAGCCGUUUUGAAGAUAAUGAAGAGCUGAGGUACUCAUUACGAUCAAUAGAGAGGCAUGCCCCUUGGGUACGGCAUAUUUUCAUCGUCACUAAUGGGCAGAUCCCUUCCUGGCUUAAUUUGGAUAAUCCUCGGAUAACCAUAGUGACACAUCAGGAAAUAUUUCAGAAUGUGAGUCACUUGCCUACCUUCAGUUCACCAGCUAUUGAAAGUCACAUUCAUCGUAUCAGUGGCCUCUCUCAGAAGUUUAUCUAUCUCAAUGAUGAUGUUAUGUUUGGGAAGGAUGUCUGGCCUGAUGAUUUUUACAGUCACUCUAAAGGUCAAAAGGUUUACUUGACUUGGCCUGUGCCAAACUGUGCUGAGGGAUGUCCUGGCUCGUGGAUUAAAGAUGGUUACUGUGAUAAAGCCUGUAAUAACUCGGCAUGUGAUUGGGAUGGAGGUGAUUGCAUUGGUAACAGUGGGGGUAGUCGCUAUGUUGCUGGUGGAGGUGCAGUUGGAGGUAUUGGGAAUGGACCACCGUGGCAGUUUGGUGCAGGAAUAAGUGGUGUUUCAUACUGUAACCAAGGCUGUGCUAAUUCCUGGUUAGCAGACAAAUUCUGUGAUCAGGCCUGCAAUGUCCUUUCCUGUGGAUUUGAUGCUGGUGACUGUGGCCAGGAUCACUUUGAAGAGAUGUACAAGGUGACGCUUCAGCUUAAUCAGACCUACUAUGUCAUUCCCAAAGGUGAAUGUCUGCCCUACUUCAGUUUCAGCGAAAUAGCCAAGAAAGGAAUCGAGGGUUCGUAUAGCGAUAACCCAAUUAUCCGUCAUGCUUCAGUUGCUAACAAAUGGAAGACUAUCCACCUCAUAAUGCAUAGUGGCAUGAAUGCAACUGUGAUCUAUUUUAACCUUACAUUUCUAAAUAAAAAUGAUGAAGAGUUUAAAAUGCAGGUAGCUGUUGAAGCUGAUACUAGAGAGGAACCAAAACUGAACACAACUUCCGUUCAAAAAUCUGACUCUGAUUUUAAAACUAUAACUUCAAUACCAGAAGCUGAAAUGAUAUUUGAGGAUAUUCCUGAAGAAAAACGCUUUCCAAGAGUCAGGAGACGUCGAAAUGGCACAAAAGAGAGCCUACAUGAAGAGGUGAUAAUACCAUCAGUAAAUGUGUCUCUUCUUCCUGAAGAUGUUCAGCUAGCACUGCAGAACCUGGACUUAAAGCUACUAAAUGGUGAUAUCACUCUGAAAGGAUUUAACCUAUCCAAGGCUGCUCUCCUGAGACCUUUCCAUUUCUUAACUACAGCAAAGAGUAUUAUAGGCCUGGAAAAGAAGGGCCUGCAUAAUCAUUCAGAAGAUCAGAAGAACCGUACCAGCUGGCAAAAGCCUUAUAAUGAUGUUAACAAUGUCAAAAUAAAAACAAUAAGAGCAAAUGAGGAAGCUCCUUCAAGACUUACAGGAUCAAAGGAGACUGUUGUGACAAUGAACACAAAUAAACCUAUCUAUAAAGUAAAACCUAAAUCCACAGUUCCCUCCCAGAGCAUGGGAAAUAAAAAUGAAACUCGAGAAAAAGUAUUGAAUGCACUCAUAUUAAGAGAAACCCAGAAAUCAAAACAUACUGGGAAUUUAGAUGCUGGAGAAGACACACAGGGAAUGGAAGGAGGAAAAGUGCAUGUGCAGGUGGAUACAAAUGAAAGGGAGGGGCAAGUGGGGAGAAAAUUACAGUCUUAUGCUGGAAGCUACCAAGGCUUUUUGCCAUGGGAGAAAAAGAAGUAUUUCCAGGACCUUCUUGAUGAAGAAGAGUCAUUACUCAAGCAAAUGUCGUACUUUACUGAUGGUAAACAUGUUGGAAGGCAGCUGAAAGAUACAUUUGCUGAUUCCCUUCGAUAUGUAAAUAAGCUUUUAAACAGCAAAUUUGGAUUUACAUCUCGGAAAGUCCCUGCUCAUAUGCCUCAUAUGAUUGACCGCACAGUUAUGCAAGAGCUACAGGAUAUGUUUCCUGAGGAGUUUGACAAGACGUCGUUUCACAAAGUGCGGCACUCAGAAGAUAUGCAGUUUGCUUUUUCGUAUUUCUACUAUCUUAUGAGUGCGGUCCAGCCACUGAACGUUUCUCAGAUCUUUGAUGAGAUUGACACAGACCAGUCAGGCAUUUUAUCUGACAGAGAGAUUCGCACGCUGGCCACAAGAAUCCAUGAACUACCACUAAGUUUGCAGGACUUGACAGGUUUAGAACAAAUGCUGAUAAAUUGCUCUAAAGCUCUCCCUGCCAACAUCACUCAGAUCCACGUCAUUCCACCAACUCAGGAAGCUUACUAUGAUCCCAAUCUGCCUCCAGUAACAAAAAACCUUGUGACUAAUUGCAAACCUGUGACUGACAGAAUUCGUAAGGCAUACAAGGACAAAAACAAAUACAGGUUUGAAAUCAUGGGAGAAGAGGAAAUUGCCUUCAAAAUGAUUCGCACAAACGUUUCUCAUGUGGUUGGUCAGCUGGAUGAUAUACGAAAAAAUCCCAGAAAAUUCGUUUGCCUAAAUGACAAUAUUGAUCACAAUCAUAAGGAUGCUCAGACAGUGAAAGCAGUGCUUAGGGAUUUUUAUGAAUCAAUGUUUCCCAUACCUUCUCAGUUUGAACUGCCAAGAGAAUAUCGGAAUCGUUUCCUUCACAUGCAUGAACUCCAGGAAUGGAGGGCAUAUAGAGACAAGCUCAAAUUCUGGACCCAUUGUGUUCUAGUAACACUUAUUGUAUUUACAGUCAUCUCAUUUUUUGCUGAACAGCUGAUUGCACUUAAACGAAAGAUUUUUCCAAGGAGAAGGAUCCAAAAAGAAGUUGGUCAUGAACGAAUCAAAGUGUAGAAGAGCUUUAUUUUGGAGAUCAGUCUACCUCAAGAUGUGAUAAGCAUUUAAAAUCUCUCUCUCACAAGUGUCUUUUAUGGUUUGACAUUUAACUACGUUGUUAUGAGGAAAAAAAAAUCAUGCAUCUACAGUUAGGAUCUCCACAGUACUCUUCAUGAUAUACAGGCUGCUGGAGCUGUGACAAUGCAAAAGCAAAAAAAAAAAAUUAAUAGUUGCAGGAAAUCUGUACAUAGGCAGUUUUCAACACAUCUUACUUUACAACUGUUAGUUCUUGGCCAUGUUAUCCUUUUUUAUAAAAAGGGUUAACUAAAGAAAUGUAACUGCAUUUAUUGCAGUGGAUGUUGCCAACUAAAUAAAAUGUUGGAAGGCAAAGUUGUUUGGGAUCAGCUUAACAGGUCCUUGAUCUCGCGUUCCAGAACAUUUUGCAAAUUUCUGUUGUUGCUGCUUUUUUUUCAGCCCUAUGGGAAAAUUAAGAGUUAUGUAACUUGUCAUUUUAGAUUUAGGAUACGUUUAUUGAUGUUGACAUUCUUUAAAGCACAGUGACAAUUCAUCCCCCUAUUUGUAGUACUUAAUUGGGAUUUGGAAGAAAUACAUGCUAAUAAAAAAAUACACGGUAAUAGGACAACUAAAUAUUAUUUGAAAGAUACUUUAUAUCUGGUGCAUUAUAUUCCAAAGAAAACAAUGGUGUUACUUCUUGGCCUGAUUAUAAAGAGAGGAUUGUAAUUAAAUGAAAAUGAUCAAGGUAUAGUAUUUUACAAGCACUGUAAAUAUAAAAGCAAAAGUGCCUCUCUAUAUGAAUGGGUAACAAACUGUUUUAAUGUAGCAAUGUGCAGGAGCAGUGUUUCACUUCAGAAAAAUAUUCCUACUGACAUCUGAAGCUUUAGUGUUUCUAAAUUUAACAGGGUUCGGCCCUGUAUUUUGCUGAGACAUCAGAAUAGUGUGGUUUUAUGUGGGAAAAUACUGAAUCUUUUCAAGCAGAAAUUUUUGGUGGUAUAACUUCAGUUAAUUGUAAUAGCAGUAUUCAAAAAAGCAUUAAUUUUUGUAAUCAGAUGAUGUACAAAAUGUAUGUGCAUAUGUAUUGUAAGAUACUUGGAUUGCUUUGAAAUUAACUAAAAUGUGAUAAAAGUUU